AACUUUAUUCAGUUCAUACAUGUUUAUUUUAGCUUCGAAAAUACUUCUAAACAUGACUGACUUGUUGGCCAAUACUGACUUUUCCCUUCCUGCUUCAUAAAUAAACCCCUUUAACUUGAAAAACAAAAAACAAAAACACCACUAAGGAACUGAAAGUGUCUCAUUUUGUUGUUUUGUUUUGCUUUGGCGCCUCUUUUCCCUCCUCAGUAUUGCAGCCAAGGUGGCAGCAGCUUCGGCGGAAACGGAAUCAUCCAUCCUCCAAUCAGGUUCCAGUCUCUUCUUUCUGUUUCCGGCGUCCGUUGGCUGAAGAAACAAGUCCAUCUACAAACAUUCCUGUGAGCGCUUUAACAUUCCGUUGAAUAAUGAAGAGGCAGGACACUGAGGAUCAGGUGGUGGAUAACAGUGGAGAGUCCAGUGCUGAGGGCACAUCAGAUACUCCGGCUACUCCUGAAGGCACAGAGAGCCCGAAGGAACCGAGCACUCUGACGGAUAACUCUCCAGCUGUUAAUUCUGAAACAGACGAAGCCUCUGGAUCUCAAUCUACCUCCUGUGAUGUGGCUGAGGAGCUUAGCAGACAGCUGGAGGACAUCCUCAACACGUACUGUCAGGUGGAUGGCGGCGAGGACCCAGCUGUAGCUAACGGCCAACCUGACGGCGCUGAGGUCAACGGGCUGGCAGACAGAGAGGACAGCAAAUCCGAGGACGCCAGUCUGAACUGCACCAGCAGUGUGGCGAAGGACCAGAAGAAGCUGCAUGAGAAAAAGAAGGUUAAAGGGCUGGGUAAGGAAAUAACGCUGCUUAUGCAGACGCUGAACACGCUGAGCACCCCCGAAGAAAAACUUGCUGGUCUGUGCAAGAAGUAUGCUGAGCUGCUUGAAGAGCACCGCAACUCUCAGAAGCAGAUGCGAGCUCUGCAGAAGAAGCAGGCCCAGCUGAUCCAGGAAAAGGACCACCUGAGGAACGAGCACAGCAAGGCCAUUCUGGCCCGCAGCAAGCUGGAGAGCCUGUGCCGUGAACUGCAGAGACACAACCGCACGCUCAAGGAGGACGGAGUGCAGCGUGCUCGUCAGGAGGAGGAGAAGAGGAAGGAAGUGACCUCGCACUUUCAAUUAACGUUGAACGACAUCCAGGCGCAGAUGGAGCAGCACAACGAGCGCAACGCCAACUUGCGGCAGGAGAACAUGGAGCUGGCGGAGAAGCUCAAGAAGCUCAUUGAGCAGUACGAGCUUCGGGAGGAACACAUAGAUAAAGUUUUCAAGCACAAAGAUCUACAGCAGCAGCUGGUCGACGCGAAGCUCCACCAGGCUCAGGCCCUGCUCAAAGACUCGGAGGAUCGCCACCAGAAGGAGAAAGAGUUUCUGCUGAAAGAAGCCGUGGAGUCACAGAGGAUGUAUGAACUUAUGAAACAACAAGAAGUUCAUCUGAAACAGCAGUUAUCAUUAUACACCGAGAAGUUUGAAGAGUUUCAGAACACACUCUCCAAAAGCAACGAGGUGUUCACAACCUUCAAGCAAGAGAUGGAGAAGAUGACGAAGAAGAUUAAGAAGCUGGAGAAGGAGACGACCAUGUACAGGUCCCGAUGGGAGAGCAGUAAUAAAGCCCUGCUGGAGAUGGCUGAGGAGAAAACUCUUAGAGAUAAAGAACUGGAGAGCUUGCAGGUGAAGGUGCAGCGGUUGGAGAAGCUGUGCCGUGCCCUGCAGAUCGAACGCAAUGAGCUGAGCAAGAAGGUUCAGGACCUCAGUAGCCCAGCGGACGGCCCGGGCUCGGAGACCGAGACCAAAUCAUCACAGCCAGCCACAGACUCGGCAGAGUGUAGCCCUGCCCACACAAACGACCCAGAGCCAGAGACUCCGCCCAGCACCCACUCUCAGGCGUGUCACUGCAGUCCCGUCCCAGGGGCCGAGUCACAGACGGAGGCGUGUUCAGCCCAGGACUGAAGUAACGCUCCUCUGUCACCGGGUUCGAACCACUCACAAUCUCCCCGGCAGCUCUCCGUCUCUCCGAGCUGUCUCAGCGGUUUUUUGAGGGGGGGUGGGGGGGGCUUUCCGUUCUAUCAGGGAAGAUUGUGCCUUUGAGAUGCUGUGUGUCCACUUUUUUCUCCCUUUACUUCUCUAUUUCCAUCACUCUGAAAAUUUCCUGUUUGUGAGAAGACCCACGCUAACAGGCACUAAGCACCACUGCUGCUUUGGAAUGCUAACCCUGGAGUGCGCUCAUCCUCUUCGUAAUUAUAUUUAAGCGUUAGCCUCGAGUCCUGUCCGCUCGGCUGAAUACAAACUACCAAUUUAGACAGAUGGGAAACCGUAAACUGCUUGAGCACCCCAUAUUAUUGCUUAAGUAAUGAACAGCAACUGUAGUGAAGUGAAAUAUUAAAGCAUCCUGUUUAGUGUCAGGCGUGUGUAUUUUUUUUCUGUUUUUUAUUUUUAUUUAGAGACCCAUUUUAAGGGUCUGCACACUCUAUCCAUUGUUCUUGUAUGUAAUAGAUCAUGUAAUCAAUCUUUUCUCACAGUUUAUCACAAUCAUCUUACUACUCUCAAUUUCUAAGUGUGCACUCGGUGAACGUCACCUUGAAUUCAGUGCCGUCAAAUCGGAUCUUUCGGAACCAGAUCCCCCGCUUUGCACCACAUUGAACCACGAGCGCAACCCCCCCCCCCCCGCCUUAGGACUAUAAUGAGUAUACAUAACCUAAUGUGUUCAUGUAUUCCAUUCCAAACUCUAUAUUCUGUUUCAUUAUUAUUUUUUUAUGCGUUUUAAAUUUUGCUUUUCUUCCACAGAUCUUUGCGUUUUUCAAAACACCGAAUUUGACAUUUUACCAUGUUAUUUUCCCCCACUGUCCCGUCUGGUAAUUUGGCGAAAUUUAACAACCGCUUCUCUUAAGAUCAUUCCAGAAGAGAACACGCACUCGAACGAGGCCACGAACACCGAGUAAAGCGUUUACUACCUUUUUAUUAUUCUCUCGUACGUUUUAAUCACACCUUCGUUUCCUCAUCGUGGACCAUUAUUUUCACAUUUCCUCAUGUUGUUGCUCUUACACUGUACGUCUCUUGGAUAUGAAUGUAUACGGCAACUUGGCAUAAUACAUUUUGGAGAUGCUUCAUUUACAGCCCAGAUCCAGUUUGUUGUGUGACCAGGUUAAAUAAAGAGAUUCUAAAAUGGUAUAUAAAACUCUAUGCAAUUCAAGUGCCGUUCAUCUUCUGUCUAUUAAAUCGAGUGUUAAUAUGCUAGCAAAGGAUUGUACAUUAUUAUAGUCUCAUCGUGGCUUCAGAGUAACAGCGCAAGUAUGUGAAGUCGUGUGUGGCUAGAAUGCAAAAAAAUUACUUAUUUGACAUAACUCGUUUUGUUUUCUUUUUGUACCAGGGUCUCAUGAAUUUUAUUGCUUCAUUAACCUGAACACUAAAUCUCCAUGAGGUCCUACGUGAGUUGAGUAAAUGCCAGGAUCCGCACCGGAUCUUAUUUAACUACGUUCUGUCUUUUACACAGUAACAGCAUGCCACAUUUCAUUGGCUCCUACUGCUCAUUAACGCUGGACACACCCACUGUUAUUGAAGGUACCAAAGAUCUUUUUUGUUUUUGUUUGUUUGUUUUUGUUUUCACACCCUGUAUACAUGGUUUGAGAAAUUAAAGAUAUUACACAGUUAAUCUGCCUACGAGUCUGAAUUCAUUGUUUUCAUUUUGUUUAGAAUUUGCCGUACUGAAACGUCGGUGUGAUUUUAUAGAGUGGAUUUUGUUGUUUUAUACCACAGUGAUGUCAAAUUCUCGAUUCUGAUUGGUCGGAAGGUGUUGAGUCGUUUCCUCUGACAGCAGCUUGGACGCUAGUGCAUUUGUAAUUCAAAUCACAGGUUUAUCUUCAUUCUCAAUAUCUUUAUUCCAAUACAAUGUGUUCAGGAAGUAUUCAUAUCCAGCAUUUUUGUACAUUUUAUUGUGGUACAGUUUUAAUUUAAAUGGUUUAAAUUGGCUUUUUUAUGGCUCUCAGUUUAAACACAAGAAAGAAUUUCUUUUUGGAAAUUGACCCUUUAUUCAGUACUUUUGAAGAAUUGCCUGAUAAUGAUGAUGCAUCACAGCACAGUGAAAUUCUUUUCUUCACAUACCCCAGCAUGUUAGGAAGUUGGGGCUCAGAGUGCAGGGUCAGCCAUGAUACAGCACCCCUGGAGCAGAGAGGGUUAAGGGCCUUGCUCAAGGGCCCAACGGUGGCCUUCCAAUCAGUAACCCGGAGCCUUAACUGCUAUAAGCAUUGCACACC